AUUUCUAUUUUUAUACAAACAUGGGAACGCGCACCUCAAGAAUGAGGAUAUCCUGGUCACGUGGUUUGGUUUCUAACGAGCUACGUUUUUGGUGAACUCCGUAUCACGUACAAUAUCUAGUCAAUUUAAGGGAUAAAUACGAUUUCCGGACAUUUUUCCUGUCUUUUCUCUCUUCAUAGUAAUUGUGUGGAUUUUCCCAGGUAUAGAUUCUUAUGUUUGUGUCAUGUGCCUCAUUUAACGCUGGAAAUUUAGCUUCCUUGAUGGGUCGGGCCAAGCAUGUCCAUGGGCGUCGCUUGUCGCUGAGUAUUUCCGGCUCUUCCAGCCAAUUGUAUAUGAAGUAAACAAAGUCACGUGGUUGGACAGUCAUAAGACCCUCGUGUCCACGAAAAUCGUGGAAAAUCAAUGCGUGGGCUCCAAGUACUAUUAAAAUUUGGACUAUAAAUGUGAUUGCGAUCCCGUACUCCCUUAUACAGACUGACUUAUAACUGUUUUGAAGAAGACAGCACCUUUUGCAAUGGAGCUUGUAGUUAAGCCAUUAACGCAGAGACUGCUCACCAGAGCGUAUCGACCCGAUGUUAUUCGACAAAUCACGACUGUUUCUUCGGAAAAUACCGGGAACGUCCAACGAAGGAAUUUGCAGCAGGCAGCUCUAGCUCCUGACAACUUGCCGGCCAGCAGUGUAACCACCUGGAUAUCGGAGCUAGCAGCAAACGCCAGCAUCGAGGACCUAUCAGAUACCGUCAUCUACCGCAGCCAGCGCAUGAUGCUCGAUACCUUUGGGGUUGGUAUUCUUGGCGCGAAGACGGACAUAUCGCACACCGUGCAGCAGUGCGCGCACACGUGGGGCACGAUGCACGGGCACGUCGGCACCACCUCGUGCACCAGCACGCUGUGGGGGUCCAAGGGAAGGACAGCACCGCUAGCCAUGGCGGCCUUUAUCAACGGAGUCAACAUCCAUUCUAUGGAUUUUGAUGACACUUGGUUCCCAGCCACGCACCCUAGCGGGCCUGUCCUGCCAGCGAUUAUCGCCCUUGCCGAGACGAUGACUGGUGACUAUGAGCCUUCCACUGAAGAUAUUCUCGUCGCCUAUAACGUGGGAAUCGAGGUGCAGGGAUUGCUGUUGCGUUGUUCUCAGAUGGCAAAGUCCAUUCCAGACAGGUUUCAUCCACCGGCUGUGGUGGGUGUGAUGGGAAGCGCGGCGGCGUCUGCCAGACUCCUCGGCUUCAGUCCACUGAAGACUCGCCACGCUCUGGCAAUAGCUGCCUCUUUCGCCGGGGCACCAAUGGCUAACGCUGGGACUACCACGAAACCACUGCACACUGGCAAAGCUGCCCGGUUCGGUCUGGAAGCGGCGCUAUUGGCGGAUCACGGACUGGAGGGCAACCACGACAUUCUCGACAUGGACUCUGGGUUUGGCGCCUUUUACGACGACUACGACCCGAUACAGUUUCUGGCUGACCACGUGGAAAACACGGAUUUCGUCCUGCACAAUCAAGACAUUGCCUUCAAGCGGUUCCCGGCUCACCUCGGCAUGCAUUGGGCGAUUGACGCCACCAUGGACGCUAGGAACAAGAUCUGCUCGCCUGGCCGCCGAUUGGAGACGCAGGACGUGAAGUCUAUACACAUCUUGACGCCGAAGUCUCGCUACAUCAACCGACCGCUCCCGACGUCGGAGCACGAGGCUCGACACUCGUUUCAGUUCAACGUCUGCACCGCGCUCCUGGACGGAGAGGUCGUGCCGGCGUCGUACACGCACAGCCACCGACGUCGUCCCUACCUCAACAAGCUGCUGUCGUGCACCACGCUCGAGGCGCCGGCGGACAACGUAGCCUCGUUCCAGGACAUGUACGUGGAGGUGCACGUGACCAUGAAGGACGGCACGGUGGUGAGCGCGCGCUGUGACAGUCCAUACGGGCACUGGCGGAACCCGCUCACCGACAACGACCUGCAGGCGAAGUUUCUGACCAACACCAAGGACAUGUUGUAUGAGCCACAGAAGUUCCUCAUGGAAAGCGUCACGUCAAUGACGGAGAAGAAAUCAGCGUCAGACUUUUUGAAAACCCUGCACUUCUAAAGCCGCGGAGGACAAAUAGGUCUGGCGUCCAUGUCACAAAACAUAAUAGGUCUUGGGUCCAUGUCACAAAACAUAAUAGGUCUUGGGUCCAUGUCACAAAACAUAAUAGGUCUUGGGUCCAUGUCACAAAACAUAAUGAGCCUUUUUAUGUCUUACACGAGUGUAAUUACGUGCAUUUUCAAUGCUUAAACCGUUUAAGAAAAACAGUCUUCGUAAAUAACUAGCCGUUAUACUGGUCAUACGUGUAUACGUGUUUGGCAUCUGUUUCACGCAGACGAUAAUACCAUUACGGAAAAUUGAGCAUUGUGAGGAAAAAAGAAAAUGAAAUAUGUAUGCAUCAAAUUAUAUUAGUUGUACUGUUGGUAGUAAUAAUAAUUGUGGUUUAGUUGUAGAGAUUAUGUGCAAAACUAGGCUUACAAGGUUUUGUGAAAUUGGGAUGAUCUGUAGAUGAUAAUACUGCGUUAGUGGGGUUUUUUUUUAUUGUGCUUUUUGCUGCACGUUUAAAUUUCAUAGGAUGAUAUUUAAUCUCUGAUAGCAAUUGCGUAUUUCAUUUGUGUGUGUUAUCAAACAAUGUUCAUUUUGGUUCUAGCUUAUCAGAAGAAUCGCAUUGUAGAACACGAUAUAGGGAUUUCAUUACCCAAGAAAUUAUGCUUUUAAACCAGGACAAUAAACUUUAUUAAAUACCCUGAAACUGAUUAACGAGAUUUAAAAACUCAUCUUAAUUCAUAACCAUUCGUACAUUAUAAUAUAGCCAUGGUGACAAAAAGUUCAUAACUGACAAAUGUAGACACAAAAAAUAUGUUUUAGUCUAAAAACUUAAUGUUUAAUUUAAUUUAUUACAAAAUGUUUGUUUGUUUCCAUGUUUUCUUUGCCAUGUAUAGUUGCAUUUACUUUUUAUACUAGCAGUUAUGAUUAUAUACAGAGGACAUUUUAAAGCUAUAUGUAUAAACAUGCGUGCCGUUUGUGUCGUAAACUUCUUGGUGACGUGUGUUUCUUGCAAUUGACAGAACUGUGCAAUAUCUUUAUAUUGUUACAAUUACAGAAUAUUUAUAUAAAGAGAAUAACUGUUUACUCAAUACUGUCUUAAGAUAUCGGCUUUAUCCUGGGAAGGAUAAAAUGGCAAUCCUUCAUAAUACGAACAAUAAAUGAUAAUGAACC